AUGAUCAGGGUGCGUCCGCCUUUUCCCUCCCCUUUCUAUCCUCUUCCCUAUUCCCCUCCCCUUAUCCCUCGGUCUUCUCCCUCCUUCCUCUUUCUCUUCCCCUGGCGUCCCCAGCCACCUCCCGCUUCCGGUCAGCGACAGCCCGCGGAAGGGUGUCCCGCCUCUUCCGCCUCAACUCGGAGGUGGCGGCGGCGGAGGUGGCGGCGACGGCGGCAGCGGUAGCGGCGGCGGCGGUGUCUGCGCGUCUCUUGUCAGGGUCAGCAGGCGGGUCCCCUCGGCGAUCCACCUGCUCGUCGCAGAGCCGCGCCGUGGGGGUCGAUGGCGAUGAACUAUAACGCGAAGGAUGAAGUGGACGGUGGGCCCCCGGGUGCUCCCGGGGGCACCACUAAGAACCGGAGACCGGAUAAUACGGCCUUCAAACAACAACGGCUGCCCGCUUGGCAACCCAUCCUCACAGCGGGCACGGUGCUACCUACGUUCUUCAUCAUCGGCCUCAUCUUCAUUCCCAUUGGCAUCGGCAUUUUCGUCACCUCCAACAACAUCCGCGAGAUCGAGAUUGAUUAUACCGGAACGGAGCCUUCCAGUCCCUGUAAUAAAUGUUUGUCUCCAGAUAUAACACCAUGUAUUUGUACCAUUAACUUCACGCUGGAGCAGUCAUUCGAGGGCAAUGUGUUUAUGUACUAUGGACUGUCUAAUUUCUAUCAGAACCAUCGUCGUUAUGUGAAAUCUCGAGAUGAUAGUCAGCUAAAUGGAGAUCCUAGUGCUUUACUUAAUCCCAGUAAGGAAUGUGAACCUUAUCGAAGAAAUGAAGACAAACCAAUUGCUCCUUGUGGAGCUAUUGCCAACAGCAUGUUUAAUGAUACAUUAGAAUUGUUUCUCAUUGGCAAUGAUUCUGAUCCCAUGGCUAUUCCUUUGAAAAAGAAAGGUAUUGCUUGGUGGACCGAUAAAAACGUGAAGUUCAGAAAUCCUCCUGGAGAAGAAAGUCUAGAAGAACGAUUUAAAGGUACAACAAAGCCAGUAAACUGGCGUAAUCCAGUAUACGCACUGGAUUCUGAAGCAGAUAAUAAUGGGUUUAUAAAUGAGGAUUUUAUUGUUUGGAUGCGUACUGCAGCAUUACCUACUUUUCGUAAGUUAUAUCGUCUUAUAGAGCGGAAAGAUGAUUUACAUCCAACUUUACCAGCUGGACGAUACUAUUUGAAUAUCACAUACAAUUACCCUGUACAUUCUUUUGAUGGACGAAAACGGAUGAUCUUGAGCACUAUAUCAUGGAUGGGAGGAAAAAAUCCAUUUUUGGGGAUUGCUUACAUCACUAUUGGAUCCAUCUCCUUCCUUCUGGGAGUUGUACUGCUAGUAAUUAAUCAUAAAUAUAGAAACAGUAGUAAUACUGCUGACAUUACCAUUUAAUUUUAUAUUCUGAAAACAAAUCUACUGCAUGUGCAUCAAGGCCAGUCCUAUUCAACCUAGCUUUCGAAUGCUAAUGUUCGGUUAGUAUGUCAUUUUUGAAGUUGGCACAUAACUUUUUUUAAAAAUAGUCUUGUCCUGUGCUUCUUCUCUGUGGAUGACUUAUGAAAAUAUAUGACGGGUAUAAAACAAAUUAGCUAUAUUGAUCAUAUCAACACUGUAACUGCUGAAAUGGCAUUCUAAUAUUUGCUUUUUAUUGGGACAGGCCAUAUGAUGCAUAGAGCCUCUUUCAUGUGAAAUGGGUCUACUGCUUAAAUGUUUAUGCUGUGUUGAUAAUAUUAUAUCGACAUAUGAUGCUGUAUAUGUGUGCCUAUUGUGUGAAGAGAGGGAUUGCAAAAUGUAUGAGUAUAAUGACUUGCUAUCAAGAAGGAUAAAGAAAGACCAAUCUAAAUAAAACACUUCAUCAUUUUCAUGUGUUGUGUGUAAAGGCUUAAAGUACCAUCUUUGUUGAGGUGGUUCAUGUAUUCAAUUUAUUCAGUAGAGUUCUUUGUCAAGCUUAGCUUUGAUUUCAAAAAACAUGUUUACUAUGUCUAGCAUAGGAAUUAAUGGUCAUGUCUAAAGAGUUCAGGUAGGUCCUAGGUAGGUCCCAGUAGGAGAAUUUAAAAUUCCUCUUUCCAUUUGGUUAAGUUGUUGUAGUCAGGAACUCCAACUCACUUGAAAUGUUUUUACAUGUGAUCAUUUCCCUUGAAGCUUAGACUUCAUAAGGGAAGAAAGAAUAUAGGUAAGAUGGGAAAACUGCUUAGCAGAGCUUCAUCUUCUGCCUCAAUUGUAAACCAGAUGUAAAUUCUCAGAGGAGGUUGUUUUCAUUCUUGUGGUAUUUAACAUUUAGAAAUUUGCUUCAGCAUUGGAAAUACCUCAAGCUAUUUUAAUUUUGCAGGUAUUUUUGACAAGUACUAAUAUUAUAUUCCAGAAAAUUUAAAAAUUAAAAAACAAACAGUAACCUAAAUUUUCUCCAUAUUUUAUUCAACUUUUACAUAUAGGUCCAAUAUGGAUGUGUAUGCACAUUCUUUUUAGUUAAGAUACUAGUUGCUUUGGUUGGUUUUCCUAAGAUGUACUUUAAAAAGAAGUUCUUUAAAUUUUCAUAAUUAAAUUCUGGGGAUUUUGGAGUAUGUGUAUGGUAAAUUAUAAUAUAUACGGUGGAAAUUAUUUUAUUUUCUACUAACUUGAAUUAUUUUGAUAUUCCUUAUUGAAUAAAUGCUGUAAUUUGUUUGCUAUGGAACUUGUUCUUGAAGCGAAUGUAAGCUUGUAUUUUCACAUGCAUGAAAAUGUGUGAUUUAGUCAGAGGUGACUUAAUUUUAUUGAAAUUCCUUUUCUUUACUCAAAUAACUCAUAUGUUUUUGUAGAAGAAUGCCUCUUUAUUCAGAAUUUGUAAUGGUUUUCUUCAGUUAUAUUUUAAAUUGAAAGGUCUAAGUAAUGUAUCAGUUUUAAUAUAUGCUUAAAAACAAUGUAAUGGUUAAUAGUAAAAAUGUGCCACACUUCUUAUGUUAUGUAUAAAAUAUGAAUUUCAGUUAAAAGAACUUGUAGUUCAUAAUGACUUUUAACUGAUAAGAAUAUUACUUGCAUGAGGUCCUUGAUGUAUGAUUAUCUAGAAAUUCCUGAGUAUGUAGGGUAUUCAUUGUCUAAAAAUAUUGUUGUCAGUCCUUCAGAAAAUUGUUAUUUAUUCUGAAAAUUGUUCUUGCACAUGGCAAUUUAUUUUAUGGAAUAUAUUAUCGGGGUGAGGGCGUUCUUCUGCCAGUCCUUCCAGAUUGAGUCUGUGCUGUUUAAGGAGGACUGCCAUCCUGCCUAUCUUUUUCUAAUUGGGUGACCAAGGCUGCUGCUAAAGAAAAAUUGAAGAGCCCUUCCAACAUUUUCUCAUCUGUGGUGAAGACAGAAUCUUAAAAUAUAUUUGGAGUUUUAUUUGUUUUACAAAUAUAUUGAUGGCCUAAGUUCCUCCCUGUUUCCUGCCAUUUGAGCUAUAAGGGAUUCCUGUUGUGUAAAUAUGAAUAAAAUGGAACAUUCAUAUGGCCUCUGUGAAGCAUGAGGGGGGAGGAAAACAUUUCUUUCUUACAAGCUUUAUGCUAAUCUUUUGGAAACAUUGAUGACAUAAAUUUAACUUUCAAAAAUUAAAUUGCAUUUUAAGAUAAUUAGCUUAAGUAGACAGCAUUGAAGAAUGCAUUAAUUUACAGAAAGUAUUUUGACAUAUGAAAAGUUUCCCAAUUGAAGAAAUUAUGCAAUAAGUAAAAGCUAAGAAAUUUCAUUGAAAUUAUAAGGUAGUUUAAAAAUAAACUUGUAAAAAUAACUCUGUACUACCUAAUAGAGGAAGACUCUUCCAAGAGGAGAGUCAAAUGGAAUAUUACUUACUGAUUAGUGACAGUGUUUAUUUGUAACUUUGAUUAUAUUAAAAGAUAAUUUUCUGUUCAUAUGUUCUGUAUUAAUAAAAAUGAACAAAAUUAAUUUUGCCAUGUUCAAGUUUCUUGCUAAAGUAACAGACUGCCAGAGUUGCUGCUAAUAUUUAGCACUAAAUUUUAAUCCAAGGUCAGUGAGUCCAAGUUUUGACAUUUCCAUGCCUAGAUUUCAUGAAAUAUCAUUCACUAUUAAAUUAAUGGCCAUAUUUAUACUUAUAAAUCACUCUCAUAACAUUAUCCACAAGAUUUUUUACUAAGAAACAUCUUUUCUUGCCAGGAAGUGGUCAUAUUGCCACAUGAGUUAUAGACAACCUAGCUAAGUUUGAUUAUCAGAUCAAGGGAAGUAUCUGUUAAGUAGAAAACGAAGAAUUGGUAGAGAAGCAACGAUGAUGAAAAUAAUGAAAUGGGGCACAUAGGAAAUGGAAAGCCUAACUAGGAAGGAGGAGCAGCUGAAAGGGUAGGGUUAAUGAAUGUUGUUCUGCCUACUACUUCCUUCUUCAUGGAAAUACUGCCUUAGAAUUAUUACAUGGUACUUCUUUGUUGUCUAAACUGUAAAGUUUUGUUCUUUGUGAAUAUGGCUAUUUUGAAGGGUGGAUGGAAGAUAAUAGGGAUGCUAUUAGUGCUGCUGUGGCAAGAAGAAUUUUGAUGCAUAAGUGUCUGUUGCAGAGUUUGGAUCAUCUAGUGAAGGGUUGUAGAACCCUUUUUAAAUCCAUGUCCCAUUCAAUAAACAGAAAAAUCACAUUUCCUUUAAUGUCAUUUGAAAUUUCAGAAUAAAUACUGUGUCUAAAAACAAAUCA